GUUCAUUCACUCGCACCGGCCAGAUGACCAGUAUGAGUCGUCGCAUCCCGCUUGCGUUGCGCGUUGUCGAGAACAACCGGAAAGAGCAGGGCACUUUCCGGUGAUAUGUGUCUAAAAUAUCAAUUUUAUAUCAUGGAAGUAUCAAUGUGUCGGUUUGUUUGACGAUAAUGGCUGCGCUGGUUCGUCUCAAGCGCAGUAGUGUCCAGCUGAGACAUGCGGCACUCGAGGUCAAAGUAGCUAGCAAAGAGAUAGCGCGCGAAGAGAAUCAAACAUCGGAAAUGAUAAGAGCGAGAUCGCAGUCGAUCUCAUUAUUUUUGGGUUCUGUGAGAUGGCAGACUUCGUCAAGAGAGGUAGCGUGCAGUUUGUUAAGCGUGGCAGUUGUCAACUAAAACUCGCUGCACAAGAAGUUCGAGCGGCUGUACGAGCGCGACACAUUGUCGCUGCAUUAGUCGCAGUUGGAUUUGCACUUUGCGGUGCGGUCGAAGUCAGCUCUUCCGUCGCAUUGCUGGCAAAUCAAAAAGACAACCAUGCCAUCAUCGACACCUCCUGGCACUGUGAUAUGCUGGUCAAUAUCUCCAGCCGCAAUCGCACCGAAGACUUUGAGAUUAUAUUUAUGGAGCUACCGCAGGAAGAGCGAGCAGAAUCGAUUAUGCGCGAGGCGUUCUUAUGGGGACAGGUUGCUGGGCCGAUAUUGGGAGGUUGCCUGGUGUGGGGCCGAUCCGGACCCUCCAUGGUGUUCUCACGGGCGGUUCUUAGCGCCUGUUUAGCAUCUUUGUUAGUGCCUGCGGCCUGGCGCGGACCGUCGCACGUCGCGCUUCGAUUGCUUCAAGGAUUAUGCACUGGUGCGACUAUGCCUGCUGCUCACAUGCUCGCGAUGACCUGGUUUAAGAGCAACCACAGAAGCUGGUAUUUCAGUUGUUACGCAGCUGUCAGCGUAGGUUACUGCCUUACCGGAUGGUUGGGCACCGCGGUGGUGCGAGCGUUCGGUCGAGAUUCUUUGUGCUAUGGUCUGGUUCUUCUGGCACUAUGCUGGUACUUUGCCUUCGGUCGAUUUGUCAAGGACACUCCGAAGUCCUAUCAACACGACACAACCGCAGCUGUGAUACCAUGGGGUAAGCUUUUGAGAUCUGUCCCUGUCUGGGCGUCCGCAGUGGCGACUAUGGGAAAUCAAUGGGGCGAUGCGACGCUCGCUCUUGGCAUGACCAAGUACCUGAAGCUCAUCUAUGGAUUCUCUACAGCUAACGACUCGGUGUUGACCACGUUACCUCACAUCGGUCACUUCAUGGCUGCGCUGACCUGCGGUCUUUUGGUUGACCACGUUCGCGAAUCUAAAAUAGUUUCCACGACCACAGCAAGAAAGUUGGUCGUCUACACAGCACACUUUAUCCCCGCGGCUCUGCUCUUCGUCGCCGGAUACGCCGGCUGUCAAGCUCUGGGUGCUGCCUGGCUGGGAAUAGCGGCCCUUCUCGUUUCCGGUACUGCACCAGCCGGUGCACUAGCGGCUAUAGCGGAUCUCGCACCUGCGGAAUCGCCGGCAUGCGCCGCGGCUGCGUGUGCUCUUUGUUCCACACUGGGUGCCGCCGGAUUGCUAAGCGCCAACUACUUCGUCACCCAGGCUCUUCACGGCUCCAUCGCUGGCUCUUGGCGAUUGGUGUUCGGAGUCGCGUCCGUCGUCUUGCUGACAACCGCUGCAGUCUUUCUGGCUCUGGGUAAAGGCGUGCCGCAACCGUGGAUCCCAUCCGUGGCGAGACCACGGAGUCAUGACGUAAUCUACGAACAAGAUACACUCGAACUCGAUCACGAGGACGUGGGAGUACAGACCGAGCCUUACGGACCCUAUGGAUUGGAAGAUGAUGUCGAGAGCCUGAAAAAUGUACCCCGUUCCUCGUCAAUUCACUCCAAGAUCUCGGUGACUUCCAAUUGAAAUGCAAAUUUCUCGUGUCAAUUUUUUAUGUCUUAUUUUGUGCCGCGAGAAUAUUUCGUCUCUCCGCAUUACGGAGAAAAUAUUGUACAGUAAUAACGCAAUAACAUACGCGUGAUUUAACGCGCAAUUAUAUGUAUAUAAGGUUUUUAAAGAAUAAGGAAUAUGUAUUUUAUAUAUGACGAGAAUUAUUCCCUUAGAGAAUAUUACUUUAUAAUAGUAAAGAUAU